CUGUAACCCUGCUGUGUUCUCUUCCUCUCCUCCUCUCUUGGCUCCACCCCCUGUGACCCUGCUGACUUCUCCUCUCCUCCUCUCUGGCCCCACCCCCUGUGACCCUGAGGCGUUCUCUUCCUCUCUGGUUCCUGAGGGGGCGCUGUGCCUGGUCAUGUGACCACCAAUCGGACAUCCAGCCCAGUGCGCGCUCUCCUAACCUUCCCCUCCAAGCUCUGCCCUUCUUGUUGCUAUGAGGGCUCCUGAAGACAUCAUUUCUCGUAUCUAACAGACCAGUGGUGCAGUGAUAUAGUAGAUGGCAGCAAAGUCAAAGGUUUCCAAGUUCUGAUCCUCUACAUCUGGGUAAUGAAGAUGGAAGAAGAGACUACACACAGGGGCUGGAUAUCAUCUACACCGGCUGCAGGACUGAAAGACGAGAAUAGAAGAAAUUGGUGAAGAGUAAGAAGACGACACCCGGCCGUUAUCUUGCACUCCACAGAAGCCAAGUCAAAAGCUUAAUGGCAAGCAAUAACACAGCCAACAUAGCACAAGCCAGGAAGCUGGUAGAACAACUGAAAAUGGAAGCCAAUAUAGACAGAAUAAAGGUAUCUAAAGCAGCAGCAGAUCUGAUGGCGUACUGUGAAGCCCACGCUAAGGAGGACCCGCUAUUGACCCCAGUGCCCGCUUCGGAAAACCCCUUCAGAGAGAAAAAGUUCUUCUGUGCCAUCCUGUAAUAAGGCCAAAGGGCCGGUCUGCGGUGCGGUCCAGGCUACCUGAACGCCGGUUUAGAAUUUUUAACAUCAAGGACUAUUUUUAUGGUCUGCAGAAUCGCCAAUAAUAAUAGUAAUCUAGAAAAAAAAAAGCUGGAAAAAAAAAUGCGGCGCAAGCCUAGGGAAACAGGAGGCCUGCACCAAGACUUUGUCCUAUCCGGCUUGUAGAAAACAUGUUAAAAAAAAACGAAAACAAAAAGCUUUGUGUCACCUCUCAGUUAACAUCCCGCUUGUAUAGUUUUUAUUUUAAAAUAUUGUAUCUUUAAAUUUUUUUUUUUAUUAACAUUUUAUUUAAAUUUUUUUUUUUUUUUUAAAUGGCUGGGGAAAAAAAUUCUCUCUGCAGAUGUAAAAGGAUGUACAGUGUGACUUAUAAUUUUUUUCCUGACAUUUUUAAUUUAAAUUGUAAUUAUAUUUUUAUUUUAGUUUUUUUUUAGCCGCAGGGGGGGGGGGGGGGGAACAAAAAAAUGCAAUGGUGUUUAUAUGUAAUAUUAUACUAGUGUGUGUUGUUGCAUUUAGAGUAGCACAAAGAUGGUUUUCACAGUGGGGGACCUUGGAUAUAUCGCAGUCAGCUUUCACAACGUGCACCGAGGCGCUAGCCAGCGUUUGCGCCAGUCGAAGAAAAAAAAAAAAAAAAAACCCCACCAAAAAACGGGGGUGUCAAAGGGGUACUCCCAUGGAAAACUUUUUUUUUUAAA